AUGUUUGAUAUUUCUUCUUCGUGUCAACAUCGAUUGUGAAAAUUUGGUGUGUUCUGUUUCUGUUAUAUCACUCCAAGAUUUGGUGUCUUCUUCACCAUUUUUGUUUUCGUCCACAAAAUCUGAUCCAAUGCCAGCUGUAUUGUUCUCCUCUCGGUUUCUCUUCUUCUUCACGACCCUCCCCAUUCUCGUAUCUAUCGCUCUUUACCGACUCGACACCUUUGACCCCGCUCAUCAUACCGCUGACUCACUCGUCUACUCUAAUGCUUCAAUCCCGCCGCUUAUAAAUGACAAAUUUCUCAGCGGCGCUGAGUUUAUCGUUGUUGGUCUCCUCAGUAGCCCCGAAGAUAUCGCCUACCAUAAAGACUCUGGUCUCAUCUAUACCGGUUGUGUAGAUGGAUGGGUGAAACGAGUCAAAGUCACUGAGUCGGUUAACGAAUCAGUGGUUGAGGAUUGGGUUAACACCGGAGGUAGACCGCUCGGAAUCGCUUUCGGAAUCCACGGCGAAGUCAUCGUUGCAGACGCUAACAAGGGGCUGUUGAAUAUAAGCGGUGACGGGAAAAAGACGGAGUUAUUAACGGAUGAAGCCGAAGGCGUUAGAUUUAAGUUGACCGAUGCAGUCGCCGUUUCAGAUAACGGCGUUCUGUAUUUCACAGAUGCUUCUUAUAAGUAUAGUCUCCAUCAAUUUAGUUUUGAUAUCUUGGAAGGUAAACCACAUGGUCGUCUCAUGAGCUUUGACCCGACCACACGUGUCACACGUGUGCUCCUCAGAGAUCUUUACUUCGCUAAUGGUGUCUCUAUGUCUCCUGAUCAAACCCAUCUCAUCUUCUGUGAAACCCCCAUGAGAAGAUGCAGUAAGUAUUACAUCAAUGGAGGGCGUGUGGAGGUGUUCAUUCAUGGCUUACCAGGUUAUCCAGAUAACAUUCGGUAUGAUGGAGAUGGACAUUACUGGAUUGCAAUGCCUUCGGGAGUAACAACGUUGUGGAAGCUCUCUAUGAAAUACCCGUUCUUGAGGAAAAUCACAGCCAUAGCGGCUAAGUACGGAUACGAACCUAUGUUUAUGGAGGAUGCAGGCGUUUUGCAGGUGGAUUUGGAUGGGAAUCCCAUAGCGUACUACCAUGAUCAGAAACUCUCUCACAUAACCACGGGUGUCAAGAUUGGGAACUAUCUCUACUGUGGAAGUCUCUUGCAAUCACACAUCAUCCGACUCGAUCUCCUGAAAUAUCCUGCACAGAACAAGAAGAUUUGAAUACCACAAAGGAAUUUUUACAUUUUUAGCAGUAUUUCGAUUCACUAGAUGUAAACUCAUCGUCCCUGAAAAUGAGUGAUGAUGUUUAUGACACUAGCCUAGCCUAUACAAGUUACAAACCAUACAAUCUUAGGCAUUUCAAUAAAAUAAAUAUAGUUUAAAGCCCACGAGGUUUCCACUA